AUGAAGUCUGCUUUUGCUAUUGGCCCGGUGGCCUUGACGAGCCUCGUUCAGGCAUUUCCCACUCCAGAGAACCUGGCCAAUUUGGCCGGACACGAUGGCGAGCUGCCCGAUUCGUUUCUUGAGAAGAUCGCCGAGAUCAAUGACAAUCAGAAGCGCAGCCUCUUUGAUCCUCUCGCUGAGCCUAUCCAAAUCCAUGGCGCCCAUGAGUUUAGGGCGCCAAACUUUGCCAAAGGCGACACUCGCGGUCCAUGCCCGGGCCUCAACGCCCUCGCCAACCAUGGAUAUCUGCCUCGAUCCGGCGUUGCUGGUUUCUUUGAAGUGAUCGAGGGCAUCAACUCGGUGUUCGGCAUGGGCGUCGACCUGGCCACGAUCUUGUCCACCAUGGGAACCGUCGGUGUCGGCAAUCCCCUUUCGCUGAAGCCUGGAUUCUCCAUUGGUGGAGAGAGCAGAAAGUCCCAGAACCCCCUUGGCAAUCUUCUUGGUCUUUUAGGAACGCCCCAGGGCCUCGAUGGCAGCCACAACUGGAUCGAGGCCGACUCCUCUAAUACUCGAGACGACCUAUACGUCACCGGCGAUGCUUCGACGAUGAACAUGGAGCUCUGGACUCAGGUUUACGAAUCCAUCCUGAAGAACGGCCCCAUGGACAUUGACAUGAUGGGCGAUCGCGCUGCGGAGCGAUACCACAAGAGCGUCGCCACAAACCCUCAGUUCUGGUACGGUCCUUACACUGGCUUCAUUGUCCGCAAUGCCGGCUUUGCCUUCUCUGCCCGGCUCCUUAGCAAUCAUUCGGCAGAAAACCCCUAUGGAGGCGACCUCAACAAGGAGACCUUGAAGGCAUUCUGGGGCGUGUGCGAGGACGACAGCGGCUACUUCGAAUAUAAGAAGGGUUGGGAGCGCAUCCCGGAAAACUGGUACCGCUACAACGGCCAGUAUGGCCUCGUCAACCUGAACCUCGAUUUGGUCCGCUUCAUCACCCAUCACCCGGAACUCGCCAACAUUGGCGGCAACCUUGGCGGCGUGAACAGGUUUGCGGGCGUCGAUCUCGAAGACUUGACGGGCGGCGUGCUCAACGCUGCCUCCCUCCUGGAGGGUAACAACCUCCUCUGCUUCUCGCUGGAGCUGGUCAAGACCUUUGCGCCAAAUUCGCUGUCGGGCCUGUUCAGGACACUGGCGAAGCCGCUGAAGCUGGUCAACGACGCUCUCCUUGAUCCCCUGCUUGACUUGAACUGCCCAGCCUUUGAUGCGCUGAGCAAGGGCGGGGAUGAUAUUAUCGAAGGGCUGAUGGAGAAGUUCCCUGGAGCCAAGAAGAGUGGCUUUGCUCUGUGA